GUGCGUGUGGUAAUUAGUGAUAACCACAAGUGUAUACAUCUGUACUCCACACGGCGAUGUCUCGGAAGAAAGACAAAGAAGAUUAUUACCGUUUUUUCUCGGUGACAGAACCACGCACACACGAGAAGGGACACACGGAAUAUAAAGUCACCGCAAGGUUUGUCUCCAAGCGUCGUCCAGAGGACGUCAAAGAGGUGAUAGUGUGGAGGAGGUACAGUGAACUGAAGAAGCUAUAUGGAGAGCUGUCCUACACACACAGAAACCUGUUCAGGAGACAGGAGGAGUUCCCUUCGUUCCCUGGCGCUCAGCUCUUUGGUAGGUUUGAUGAAGGGGUGAUCGAGGAGAGGAGGAGUGCAGCUGAGGUCAUGCUACUAUUCACCACCAAUAUCCCUGCUCUCUACAACAGCCCUCAGCUUAAGGACUUCUUUAGGGGUGGUGAAGUGAUCAGGCCGUUAGACCCCUCUCCUCUCUCCUCCUCCACCCCCCUCCCUCCCCCCCUCAUCCCCCUGCCACAGCGUCGAGGCUCAGACUGUGAACCUGCGGCGGAGGAGGAGGGGACCGAGGCCCCUAUCCAACCCCAGAAGCUGGGGCUUUCACUGGGCUUGGAUCUAGUCGAGCCUGAGGUUGCAGCUGAGGCCUACAGUGAGAUGGGGGGUUGUCCUACUACAGUAACACCUACAGCUGAGGAGGAAGAGGAAGAGUUAACGGACCUUCCUGAUGUACCCGGCGAUCUGAAGCUAGACGACAGAGUUCUCACUCCGUUCCGGCCCUGCGUCCUCAGAACAGACCAAUCACAGUCUCAGGAGGAGUUUGAUUCGCUGUUCGAUUCUGUGAUGCGGGAGGAGCCUUCAGAGGAAGUACCGCCCCCUCCUCUCUCCGACAACGACCUCGCCAUCUUCGACCCCUGUGCUAAAGAAGACCAACCGAGCGCAUCACACGACCAAUCAGAACUUCUGUCGCUGCCCUUGACCAAUCCGGACGGCGGGGAGGCGGGCUAUCUGAAGCAGGCAGCCAAUGAGCUCACAGCUGCGAUGGAAUGCGAGAAGGAGGGAGAGUACAGUACAGCCAUACAAAAAUACAAGACAGCUGUGGAUUUACUCAUCACUGGAGUUAAAGGAGAUCCAGACCCACAACGUAGAGGUUCAGUAAAGAGAAGAACUGCUCAGUAUCUGGAACAUGCAGAGACACUACUCACACGACUUACCUCCACACACACCUCGCAGGACCAGGAUGCUUAAACACACUCACACACACACACACAUACACACACUGCGGAGAAGUACUCAUAAACACACACAUGAACUGGACGCUCAAACACACACUCCUUAAUACACUCAGGAUCAAUAGAACAACUGGAGUUUUGAACAACCAAUAGCACCACUCACACACACCUCUCUCCCUCCCUACCUCUCUCUUAAAACCACAGGAGGUUGGUGGUACCUUACUUGGGGAGGACGGGGCUCGUGGUAAUGACUGGAGCGGAAUAAAUGGAAUGUUGUCAAGUACAUCCAACGUUCUGUUUCCAGGUGUUUCAUUCCCUCUGUUCCAGACAUUAUUAAUGCGUCGUCCUCCCCUCACCAGCCUCCUGUUGCUUAAAACACACACGCACACACACACGCACACAAAGAAUCACAUCCCUGUUGCUUAAAACACAAACACACGGGCACACGCACACACACACGCACACACACACACACAAAGAAUCACAUCCCUGUUGCUUCUAGAAUCUGAAAUCAACUGUCAAAUAUUUGAAUCUGAUUCCCAAGACAAUGGCUUGCGUUCCAAAAGGCACCCUAUUCCCUAUAUAGUGCACAGCUUUUUACCAGGGCCAAUAGGUGAACACUAGGGUUCUAGGGCUCUGGUCUAAAGUAGUGCACUCUAUAGGGAAUAGGGUGCCAGCCCUGGUCUAAAGUAGUGCACUAAAUAGGGAAUAGGGCUCUGGUCUAUAUAAGGAAUAUGGUUCCUUUGUCCACUUAAUUUACAAUGUUUUAAGGUGUUAAUAGUAUUGUGUGUUUUUGUACACUACACGCGCUUUACUGUUUUCUUAAAUAAAUCAAUAAAAACCGA